CAUCAUCAUCAUCAAUAUUUGUUGUUGUUAUUAUCUUUUGACGAGGUAAAUGCGUGAUCCGAAUGCGAAAGCGAGAUUGCCGUCUUUUUUUUUUUGUUGUUGGGGAGGAGAGGGGGAUUUCUGAUCCCUCUUCAAAGGGAGUAUGAGACAAAACAAGACAGUUCCGUAGAAAAUACUCUAGUAACGUACUCCUACAAGCACUAAAAAAAAUUCCUUUUUUUGAGAGAGAGAAAACACUAUCUACAUCCGCCAUGUACAAUAUGUGUGUCCCAGCCAUGCAUGCAUGCAUCCUCCGAUAGUCCGACCACAAGACCAACAAGACACACCCUCUCAUCCUCCGAUCCUUUCAAAACUAAAGACCCGCGACCUUCUCUCCUCCUACCCGAUUCCAACAAGAAAAAAGAAAAUUAGUGACGAAACCAGCAAAACAUCGCUAGCCCAUCCGAUGAAUGGUGCGUGCGUGCGUGCACAACGCCGAGGGGGGAGGGGGCGGAAGGGACUAGACCUUUUGAGUCUGUCGAGAGACUUUACACGCCCGCUCGCACAUCCUUUCCUCACUGCUUCUCUCAGCGUUGGCGCUUGUCUCCGUCUGUGGAUCUUGGCAACUACGCAAGCAAAACGGAGGUCCCUAAGACAAUUAGGGGAGACAGACUUAUACGGCUAUCUGCCGUUUCGUGGAGUAAUGUACUGUCAAGAGAGGAGAGCAAGAAACAGCUUGGAGACGCAUGUACAAGUACGAUUUUUCUUUUUGGUUUUGCGGUCGUACAGCUAAACUGGUCUCUUUUGCUUUGUGUGUGUACAUAUGCACCAGCUGCACAGACAACAUUGACGACUGUAGACCGCCGCAGAGUUAAGGCGUGGGCUACAUAUGUAACUAACCGGCUAGAGUGAGUGGGCUGGACUAGGUCAUGGACGAGGGCGCUUAUUUUGUUUCCCCGCGGACUUGGGCGCCCUUCUCCUUUCUUUCUCUCUCUAUUUGUCUCCUUCUCUUUCUGUGUUUCUCCGUCUUCUGUGGUGUCGGGGAUAAGGAGGGCUUUUGGAUCUUGUUGGGACACGUGCUUUGAUGCUGUCAUCGCCAUGUAGGUUUGUAUACACAUAUGCUGUGAACCCUUGGCUUUCAUCAUAACGUCUGAUCCUGGAGGUCCCUUUAUUACCUUCUCUGAUUUGUCCUUAUGCUUUUUUCCCUUCUUUUUUAUU